AUGUAUCGAUCAACUAAGGGAGCGUCCAAGGCUCGAAGGGACCAAAUCAACGCAGAGAUUCGGAACCUGAAGGACUUGCUGCCUAUCUCAGAUGCGGACAAAGCAAGACUGUCAUACCUUCACAUCAUGUCGCUUGCCUGCAUGUACACCAGAAAAUCUGUCUUUUUCUCACAAGAAUCGGGAACUGCUGGCAGUCUCGAAGAAAGCGCGAGGUUUCUGUCUUUCCAUGAGCUGUCGGAGUUGGUGCAGGAGCUGCCGGGCUUCCUGCUCCUGUUAAGCGGGGAAGGGAAGCUCCUGUACCUGUCGGACGGCGUCUCCGAGCACCUCGGUCACUCGAUGGUGGAUCUGGUUGCCCAAGGUGACAGUGUGUAUGAUAUCAUUGAUCAGACGGACCACUUCACCAUGAGGACCAACCUUGCAACUCCCACUUCACCUGAGACAGAUCGUCUGUUCCGUUGUCGUUUCAACACCUCCAAGUCUGUGCGCAGGCAGAGCGCUGGGAACAAGCUGGUUCUGAUCCGGGCCCGCUGCCUGUCUUCUCCUCCCUCCGCUGCCGCCUCCGGCUCCUACUGGACCUCCAACCCUGUCUGGGUGUGCUUCUGUUCCCCUCUGGAGCCCCUUCCAGCCCGGCCCAGCGCUGGGGGAGAGAGGGACCCCUCUUCCAGCCCUCCCCCUGUUGAGAGCAACUUCCUUCUAGCCUGCUUCCAGUCCGCACACGGUCGCGACAUGAGGCUGCAGAGCGCACACGACAGUGUGAGUACGUACCUGGGCUUUGAUGUGCCUGCCCUGCGCUCACGCUCCUGGUACAGCCUGGUCCACCCUCAGGACCUGUCCCACGCCUCGGCCCAGCACUGCAGUCUGUUGAGAGAGGGAGGCGAGGGCAGGGCUGAGAUGGUGGUGCGCGUGGAGGCGGAGGACCACUCCUGGGUCUGGCUCUACAUGGUGCUCCAGCUGGAGGAAGGAGACUGCCCCAUCAGCAGCAACAACUUUGUCAUCAGCGAAGCGGAGGCGUGGUCUGUGCGGCAGCAGCUGAGCUCUGAGCAGACCCAGCUGACCCUGGUUCUGAGCACCAGCACCGGACAGGACAGCCUGGGCCUGCAGUCCCCCGACACCCUCUCCAGCCCAGACCAGGUGUUCACCCCCAGCAGCAGCGGCCUGUCCGCCCAGUCCUUUGACUUCAGCACAGCUGGCUGCAGUGUGGGCUCAUCCGACGAGCCAGGGGGCACCAGCGUGGAGCCCAUGCAGCUGGAGCGCGAUCCCCGCUCCAGCAUUUCCUCCCUGGAGGAGGACACCUUCUUCCAGCAGCAGCAGCAGAAGAGUUCUGACCCCGCUGAAAGCCCCUCGGUCGCCUCGUCUCCUACCCCGGUUACUGUUGCCACUGUGGCAGAUUUGGACUUCCUUACCCAGAACAUUCUUCUGCCCCCUUCGUUCCAACUCGAACCCCCACUGCCUGUACUGCCCCUUCCCCUCCCACCACUGCCCUCCUCCCAAGUCCAGCAGUCCAAAGAGUUUGUGUGCACGCCCCCCUACACGCCCCAGCUGGGGUCGGGCUCCAGCUUCCUGUUUGGCGAGCCUCUCUUCAGCUUUGACCCCACUGGCACCACCACUCCCCCGCCUUCCACGACCACAGCCACCUCCACCACGUCCAUUGCCCCCUCCGUCUCCCCUUCAGCCCCUCCCACCACCGCCUCCAGCCCUGUUCCCCCUAGCAGCUUAUCCACCCUGCUGCCCCUGGCCCUGCCUAUCCCCUCCACCGAUCUGCUCUUCCCUGUAGAGCCCUGCAGUGGCUCCCUUUAUGAGAAGUUGCCCCCUACCCCUGAUAGCCCUGGAGAUGGGGACUGCACAGUGAUGACCCUGCCUGAGGUCCGGGGGCCCCUGUAUGUAGACGUACCCCUAGGGCCCCUCCAAUACCCCCCCGAUGGCCUCCUCACCCCCGAGGCUUCCCCCGGUAAACAGCCCUGCCUCUCCUUCUUCUACCUGGAGAGAGAGAGGGAGAAAGAGAGGGCCGAGAUCUCUCUCCUAGCUCAGCACAUCAGCUCCCUAGCAGAGGGAUUCUACCUGGACCCUCUCUUAUCCAAGCUGUCUCCACCCUCCAUGUCUCCCUCCUCCUCCCCUCCCUCCCCCACCACAGACUCCUCUGGCGUUGAGUCAGUUCACAUGCUAGGGGAGUUUUACCCCAUCAAAGCAUGGAGAGGCCUGGACUUCCCGAUAUUCCCUGAUGACGAUGACUCUCUGUUUGAAGAGAGCAUCUUAGAAACCCUUCUUGAGGACUUCACCUCCUCUCCACCCCUCUCCCCCAGCCUCACCCCCCCCUCUCCCUCCUCUACCCCUUUGGCCUCUCCCUCCCUCCCUGUGUGCUGGCACCCACCCUCCAACUUUGAGGGAUUCAGCCACUUCUGUAGCGUCCAAUCGGCGCACUCUAAUUCCAGGGCCGGGCGCGGGGCGGCCGUGGUUGGCGAGGCAGGCGGGAUGGUGGCAGAGGGGGAGGGGCUGGUAGAGGAGGCCAUGGAGAUUGAGGUGGUGGUGUCAUCACCCCUGUCCUCCUGCUCCUCUAUCCCAGAAUCCCCUCCCCUGAUCCUCACCGCCUCCCCCUACUCCUCACCUGCCCCCACCACACCCGUCACCCCGCCCGCGCCCGCGGUGUCUUACGCCCAGUCCCUCCUGGAGGAACUGGCCGUCCUGGAACCCAUGUUUGGGGCAGGUGCCUCGAUCGCCCCCGGCCUGGGGCAACAACCUGAGUUGUAUCAACUCCAGUGUCAUCCGUCGCCACAGUGCUUCCACAAUGAUGGGAGUGGAAGUGUUCCUCCGUUCUAA